AUGAUAGACUACAGCGAGCCUGAUCUUGUUUAUCUUCUCAAGCGCCUUGCCUCACUCAACUAUAAAAGUCAACCUAAGUCCCACCGAAAAACACCAGUCACUAAUGAAUCGUGGGGCAGAGCAGCUUGUCAAAAACGCCGGCUACAAAGACUCAAGGGCCAGAAGCCUUACUACAAGAUAUAUGUGGCUUUGACCGUCCUACUGGGCGCUGUAAGGCAAGAGUUCAAGGAGCAUAACCUCUUUGAGGGAUCAGUAUGGCACAAGAAAGAGGAGCGUCACAAAUCAAACCGUCUCUGCCUUUUUGCCUGGUAUCCUGAGUAG